AUGGCACCACCACGUAAUCCAGGACAAGGAGACUACCAUGCUACCCGUUGGGCAUUUGAAGGGACAACUCGUAAAUGUGUACCCUUUGAAUACCGUGGCAUGAAAGGAAACGCAAACAAUUUCCAGUCAAGAGAAGUUUGUGAGAAGAGAUGUCCAGUUUUUGAAAAUCCAUGCAAAGUCGGAGAGGCAUACUCCGUGAAUAAUCAAUACUAUCAAUGUAGUCCUCAAAACGUCUGCCCAGCAGGACAUUACUGUCAUGUUGGAAAAGAUGCUAAUUAUUGUUGUCAAGCUUUGGGAGGUGAUCCAUGCGGCCAACCAAUGGAUAGAGGACAAGGAGUUUCCCAGCUUUCUCGUUGGUAUUGGAAUCAACAACAACAAUGUUGUCUGCCAUUUAGUUAUUGCGGUCAGAAGGGAACUCAGAACAAUUUCUUGAACAAAGAAGACUGUGAACGAACUUGCUAUGAACUCGACAAUCCAUGUGCCCUUGGUGAACCUCAGAUGAUUCCCCAAACCAACCGCCCAAUCCAAUGUAGUAUUCAAUCUAACACUUGCUCAGGAGACUUCUGGUGUCAUUUCGGAGCUAAUGCUCAGACAACCGUUUGUUGUCCGCACAGAGAAGAAGGAGAUGCUAUUUGUCGUCAGCCCAUGGUUCAAGGAACAGGAGAUGCUCAAUUACCUCGUUGGUAUUAUGACGCUCAAAACCGUCGUUGUGUGCAAUUUACCUAUCGUGGACGUGAAGGAAAUCAAAAUAAUUUCCUUACCCAAGAAGCUUGUGAACAACAAUGCCCCGCGUAUGUAAACGUGUGCCCAACUGGAAAUCCUUUACUGGAUAACACAAACAAGCCUGUACCUUGUACCUUCGGUUCUAACUCUUGUGGAUCUGAUCACUGGUGUCAUCUGGGUCUUGUUCCGGAUGAAUAUCAAUGUUGUCCUGGAACUCCGACCCAGCCUGGAGCAUGCCAAGGCCUCUCUAUGAACGAAGGUCAAUUGGGUGCUCCAGCUCCAGCAGCUACACGUUAUUACUAUGAUCAAAACACACAAACUUGCCAGCAAUUCAUUUACAAUGGACGUAAAGGAAACCAAAAUAACUUUUUGACCCUGGAGGAUUGUGAAGAAACGUGUGAUGUGUUUGUUAAUCCCUGUAAUCAGCCAAUCUCCCUACCUGCCCAGUUAUGCUCAGCUAACGGUCCCAAUACCUGUGGUCCAUCAGCAUGGUGCCAUAUUGGAGCUACAUCCGAAACUACUCUCUGUUGCCCCAGCGAAGGAGAUCCAUGUUCACUCCCAUUGUCGCGCGGAACUGGAAACCAAUUUGUUGACAGAUGGUUCUACAAUCAACAAACAGCCACUUGCCAGCCAUUCACUUAUGCUGGUCUUCAAGGAAAUCAGAACAACUUCCUUAACAGAGAAUCUUGUGAAGAAAGAUGUGGACCAAAUCCUUGCUUCGAGGGACGUCCAUUCGCUGGAAUCGAUGGAAGACCACAAACUUGUUCUGUUUCUGCUAAUCUCAAUACUUGCCCAGCAAACCAUUGGUGCCAUAUUGGAGCUGACUCAUCUACAACUGUUUGUUGUCAAGGACUUUCCACAAAUGUCUGCAAUCUUCCUAUGUCAACGGGAGAAGGAAGUGCCAAUCUUGAACGUUUCUACUACGAUCAAUCUUCUCGUACUUGUCGUCCAUUCAUUUACAAUGGUUUGAAGGGAAAUCAGAAUAAUUUUGUUUCUCUGAGAUCAUGCCAAUUGGCUUGUCAACCAUUAGAUAACCCCUGUAUUGGACAACCCGCCACUACUGCUGCUGGACAAGUCCUUUUCUGCUCCUCCACAAACAAAGAUGCUUGCCCUGUUAACUUCUGGUGCCAUCUCGGAGCCACUCCUGAAACCACCGUUUGUUGUCCAGGAGCUACCAACCCAUGCUCUGUACCCUUGGCUCCCGGAACAGGAAACUCAGGGCUUUCUCGUUGGUAUUACAACCCUGAUGAUAGACAAUGUCUUCCAUUCCAAUACAACGGUAAAAGAGGAAAUCAAAAUAAUUUCGAAAAUCAGUCAGACUGUGAACGAACAUGUCCAGUGUUCCACAACCCAUGCAUUACUCGGGUUGAGAUCGAUUCCUCACAAAAUCCGAAAACUUGUAACCCUCUAUCACAAAAGCCAACCUGUGGAGCAGGUUAUUUCUGUUUAGGAGGUGAUCCGACUGUAUCAGACUCCUCUGUCUGUUGCGCUCGUAUAAACCAAGACGUUUGCCAAACUCCAAUGUCGGAAGGCUUCGGCUUACUCAACAUGACACGAUUCUAUUAUGAUCCUUUCAAAUCUGAUUGUGUUCCAUUCAACUAUCGUGGAAAGAACGGGAAUGAAAACAACUUCCUAACAUUGGAGAUGUGCCGAGAGCGCUGCAAACCAGUUACGAAUGUAUGUUUUGGUGGUCAAGCACCUCUGAAGAUCGGGCAAAGGAUAGUUCAAUGUGAUCGAGAAGAUUGUCCUUCGAGUCAUUUCUGUCACAUCGGUGCUGAUUCACGAACGACCGUUUGCUGUUUGAAACAAUCUAAUCCUUGUGAUGAGCAAUUGAUGAAAGGAGUUGGUGAUAGUCAAUUAAGCCGAUUUUAUUACGAUAGUGUUGAUGACGAAUGUAAACCAUUCACAUACUUUGGAAUCGGAGGAAAUCAAAACAAUUUUCUGACGAAAGAGCAUUGUCAAGUAACAUGCCCUGGUUACCGUGGAUAUUGUCCACAUGGCAAACCACUAGUCUCUAAUCAAACUAUCGUUACUUGUGGAAUUGACAGAGCUUGUCCAAAUGGAAAUGUAUGUCAUGUUUCUAAAAAGAACUCCAAAACCAUAUGCUGCCCUGAUCCUGCAAAUUUCUGUUUGUUACAAUCAGAUUCAGGACAAUGCUCUGAGAGCCACAAACGAUUUGCAUUCGAUAAAUCAACAGGCCUUUGCACUUCUUUCAGUUAUGGAGGUUGUCAAGGCAAUUUGAAUAACUUCGAUUCAUUACAAAAAUGCACCGAAGUUUGCUGCGACAAAGGCUUUCAAUGA